AUGAUCGAGAUCGUGCUGAACGAUCGGCUAGGGAAGAAGAUUAGAGUGAAGUGCAACGAGGACGACACGAUUGGGGACCUGAAGAAGCUCGUGGCGGCACAAACGGGCACGCGGCCAGAAAAGAUCAGGAUUCAGAAGUGGUACAACGUGUACAAGGACCACAUCACGCUCGAGGACUACGAAAUCCACGACGGGAUGAACCUGGAACUGUACUACAACUAG